AUGGCCUUUAGGAGCCCCGCGCCAGUCUUCCUGGCCGUCGUCGCGUUGUUGGGGAUGUCGGGAGGUGUGUCGGUGUCUCCUCCUGUGAAUGUGCGUGUGGUGUCUGAGGAUCUGGGACUCACUCUGGUCUGGGACCCGCCUAGCAACAGUAGUCACGACAACCUGACAUAUACGACUGAACUCGGUCGCGCUUUGGGGCAGAAGGUCAAGUUCAGUUCGGUGUGUGUGAGUGAGAGGAGGCGGAGCUGUGACAUCAUCGCCUUGAAAGCGUCGUCAGACGUCUCCGCCUUCGGGAGCUACUUCCUGCGCGUCAGGGCGGAGCUACAGGAACUCUACUCUGAUUGGUCAACCACUCCUACAGAAUUCAAUAUCGACCAAAUGACCAAUAUCAGUGCUCCUUCUGUGAGGUUGCUUGAGACGUCGGGGGAUAUCGAGGUGCAGCUCUCGGACCCCGUCAUGAAGAUUAACAACUUCCAUGAGGUCUACUAUCCACUCAAAUACGUCAUCACGUACUGGAGACAAGGAGAGACACACAAGAAGCGGCAGGAGGAGAGUCAGCAGAGUCAUGUGAUCUUGCCAGCCAAUCAGCUGUCGGCUCCGGGGAACUACUGCGUGGAAGCCCACAUCCUGAUGCCCAUAUUUGGCAACAAGAGCAGCGCACACACAACGCCCACCUGCAUUACCUACAGCCCUGACGGGGGCGUGACCUGGUGGAUGAUCCUGCUGAUGAUGAUUGGUAGUUUCCUAGCGGUGGGCGUGGCCGUGCUGAUCUUCUUUGUGAUUGGCUCUCACUGCUAUCGGACCAUUCGCUACAUCAACCCCAAGACCACGCUGCCAGACAUCUUCAAACAGGUUGUUCCGGAGUCUCCAGUCUCCAGUGACAAAGUGGAGCUUUACGACCAAUGCAGUAUCUUCACACCGGACACACACACAGAACCAGACACACACACAGAACCGGACGCACACACAGAACCGGACACACACACACCACAGGAAACACACAUCCUACUGAGUACACAUGUCUCACCGGAGAUGGACUCACAAACAGACUCUCACACACCACCGGACUUGGACACGGCAUCGUCUGACCUCUCGUCUCUACCUCUCCUGUUGGAGACACACAUGGACACACCACCACCCGCGCCCACCGCCUACUAAUGGGGGCAUA